AUGCACACAGCCACCGCUGGUAAGGCUGACGGGUUGACGAUACAGGCUGGGCUUGCCCAAUCGGAUAGUUUCGUAGUUGCCUCGUGUCACAUCUGCAAUAAUCGUAACAUAAAAAUCAUGGCAAAUGGUAACAAUUUGACAAGCUGUAACAGCAGUAUUCUGUCAUCGUCAGCGCCUUCAACAUCAGGUACAGGUAUUAGUUUAAAUACAAACAUCCGGGAGGUGGUCAACAAUAAUGAUGAUGUCGUAAAUUUCUUAUUGGAGACUAAAUUUAGCAGACUAAAUUAUGAUGAUAAACUUUUUAUAGUAAAAUUGAAACCACGUCCACAAAUGAAAAAUUUAAUAAUGAAAAAUAAAGGCAGCAGAGGUAACAGAGGGUUUAAUAAUAAUUGGUACGAUAAGUAUAACUGGCUCACGGGAAGCGAAAAGCGAAACAAGCUUUACUGCUGGAGUUGUCUUUUAUUUUCUGAGACUAAGCAAAGUCCUUGGACUAGUGGCUACGACGACUUAAAACACUUAUCCGAAUCGUUGCAAAAACAUGGAAACUCAGAACAACAUACUCAUGCGUCUUUAAAAUUUAAAUUGUUUGGAAAAAAUAAUAUUCAAGAUUCAAUAGAUUCAGCCCAUGUUCAAAGUAUUUUAAAGCAUAAUGAACUGGUUAAAGAAAAUAGAGAAAUAAUAACGAGGCUGAUUGAUAUGAUCAUUUAUUUAGCAACCCAAGAACAAGCAUUCCGCGGUCACAAUGAAUCAAGAGAUUCUUUAAAUCAGGGAAAUUUUAGGGAAUUAGCGUCACUGCUUUCCAAAUAUGAUAAUAAAUUUAAGGUAUUUUUGGAUGAAUCUUCGGUAUUCACUGGGCUUUCAAAAACUAUUCAAAACGAGUUAAUUGAAAGUAUUAAUAAAGUAAUUAGUGAGAUUAUAGAGAACGAAAUUAAAAUGAGCCCCUUUCUUUCGUGGCAAGUUGAUGAGACCACUGAUAUUAAUUGCCGAUCUCAAGUAUCUGUAAUUUUUCGUUAUGUAAAAGAGGGUAAAGCUGUUGAACGCUUUAUGGGAUUUUUUGACGCUAGUGAAGGUAGAACCGCUGCCGAUUUAUUUAAUUUGUUAAUAGAAAAUUUUAGUAAAUACGAUAUCACUAAUAAGCUAAUCGGUCAAACUUAUGAUGGUGCUUCCGUAAUGUCUGGUGAAUUGAAUGGGUUACAAUCAAGGGUUAAGCAGAUAGCUCCUCAAGCUCUGUUCACGCACUGUUACGCUCAUAGACGAUUACAAGUGUUGUCAUACAGAGGCGGGGUAAUAAAUCAUCCAAUUAUUGAUUAUUGA